AUAAAAAUGCCACCGUUAACCUCUCUCCAUCUCCGCCGUCUCCUCCACCAUUACCACCUCUAUCCACCGCCGCCGCCGCCGUCAUAUUUCUCUCCCUUCUUUGCCCCUACCCUCCUCCGCAAAUUGCCAUUUUUACCACCGUCACUCUCUAAACCCUUCUCCUAUUCCACCCAAACCCUAACCACCAACACAAACGACCCACAACCCAAUCCGGUCGCCCAAUCAAUAUCAACCGAAUUAACCCGAAACCCAGAUUCAGAUUCCCUCUCAAUUUCUCAAACCCUAAACCUUCACUUCUCUCACAUCACCAAUUCAAUUACCCCAUCUUUAAUCCAUCAAACACUCGAUCUCUCCCCUGAUGCUGGCCGUACAGUUUUAGGGUUUCAUCACUGGCUUGCUAAAACUGCAAAUUUUAAUCACACUGAUGAAACUGUGUCGUUUUUUAUUGAUUAUUUUGGUAGAAGGAAGGAUUUUCAAACUACCCAUGAGUUACUUUUUGAUAACAGAGAUGUCAUUGGUUCUAAAAGCUUUGAAUCAAUGGUUAAUCGCCUUGUUCGUGCCGGUCGGGCGAGUAAGGUGGUCGGGUUUUUCGAUAGGAUGGAGAGGGACUAUGGGUUUAAGAGAGAUAGGGAUAAUCUGAGGCUGGUAGUUAAAUUGUUGUGUGAAAAUGGGUAUGCUAGUUAUGCUGAGAAGCUUGUGAAAAGCUUGGCAAAUGAGAUAUUUCCUGAUGAGAUUAUUUGUGAUUUGUUGAUUAAAGGUUGGUGUGUUGAUGGGAAACUUGAUGAGGCUAAAAGAUUAGCUGGGGAGAUGUUUAGAGGUGGGUUUGAGAUUGGUACGGUGGCUUACAAUGCGAUUCUUGAUUGUGUUUAUAAGCUUUGUAGGGAGAAGGAUCCUUUUAGAAUUGGGUCUGAGGUUGAGAAUGUUUUGGUGGAAAUGGAUACUCGUGGCGUUCCGAGAAAUGUGGAGACUUUUAAUGUGUUAAUUACUCAUUUAUGCAAAAUGAGGAAAACUCAAGAUGCGCUGAAUUUGUUUAAUAGGAUGAGGGAAUUCGGAUGUGAUCCUGAUGAGACUACGUUUCUUGUUUUGAUUCGGAGUUUAUAUCAGGCUGCUAGGGUUGGUGAGGGGGAUGAGAUGAUUGAUAGAAUGAAGAGUGCAGGGUAUGCUAAUAAGCUUGAUAGAAAGGCUUAUUAUGGAUUUUUGAAAAUUCUGUGCGGUAUUGAGAGGGUUGAGCACGCGAUGAGUGUGUUUGAGAUGAUGAAGGCGGAUGGAUGUAAACCUGGGAUAAAGAGUUACGAUUUAUUGAUAGGGAAAUGGUGUGCUCAUAAUCGUAUCGAUAAGGGAAAUGCUCUGUUUAAUGAGGCUUUGAGUAAUGGAGUGGCGGUGACACCUAAGGAAUAUAAGGUGGAUGAGAAGUUUCUGAAGAAGCCUAAGGCUGUGAAAAAAGAAAAAAAGAGGGAGACAUUGCCUGAGAAAACUGCGAGGAAGAGGAGGCGGCUAAAGCAGAUUAGACUGAGUUUUGUGAAGAAGCCAAAGAAAAUGGCUCAUCGCUGAUCAUUGUUUCUUUCUAACAAGUAAGAAUUUAACGAGUAUGUCGAUGAUGGCUUAUGAAAUGUAGUAAUUUGUUGCUGUUUCAGGUUUUCUUUCGUUUAAAGUUGGUCAGUAGCAUCACUAGGAAUAAGAUUUCUGUUCGUUGUUAAAUUAUUUUAAACUACAUGAGGGUUUUACCUGAUAAACUGAAAAUGAAUGUUUUCAACAUACAAGUGGUUCGCAGGGUACGACAUGUGCACACAAACUUUUUGAGUCUUACAUUUCGAGGUUUCAUUUCCGGUGACGGGAACUCUUUUGGAAUUCCUAAUAGAAAUACUUCUGAAAAACUUUAUAUUAUAACGUGUUCUUGUAAA